AGCGCUCAACUCAACCCAGCCCGGCUUGGCUUGGCUUGUGCUGCUACGGAGUUCUGGGCUCCUUGCAAACGCGGGCGCUUCCCCGGUGCCGGGCUGGAGGGCGCGCAUGGAGCCUUGGAAGCAAUGCGCCCACUGGCUCAUCCAGUGCCGGGUCCUGCCGGUCAACCACCGGGUGACCUGGGAAACGGCGCAGGUGUUCGACCUGGCCCAGACCCUCCGCGAUGGAGUCCUGCUUUGCCAGCUCCUCAACAACUUGCGUCCGCACGCCAUCAAUCUCAAGGAGAUCAACCUGAGACCUCAGAUGUCCCAGUUUCUGUGUUUGAAGAAUAUAAGAACAUUCCUUUCGGCCUGUUGUGAGAUAUUUGGGAUGAAGAAGAGUGAACUUUUUGAAGCCUUUGACUUAUUUGAUGUCCGUGACUUUGGAAAGGUUAUAGAAACAUUAUCGAAGCUUUCUCGCACUCCUAUUGCAUUAGCUGCCGGAAAGAGGCCGUUUCCUACAGAAGAGAGUGUGGAUGAUGAAGACAUUUACAAAGGCCUUCCAGAUUUAAUAGAUGAGACUGGUGUUGAUGAAGAUGAAGACCUUUAUGAUUGUGUUUAUGGGGAAGAUGAAGGUGGAGAAGUGUAUGAGGAUCUAAUGAAAGCUGAAGCAGCACAUCAGCCUAAAUGUCCUGAAAAUGACAUAAGAAGCUGCUGUCUUUCUGAAAUAAAACAGACAGAAGAGAAAUACACAGAAACAUUGGACUCCAUUGAAAAGUUUUUUAUGGUGCCACUCAAAAGGUUUCUGACAACAUCCGAGUUUGAGACAGUAUUCAUCAACAUUCCCGAUUUGGUGAAAAUUCACAGAAGUUUAACCCAGGAUAUCCAUGAGUCCAUUGUAAACAAAAGUGACCAGAACCUGUAUCAAAUUUUUAUUAGCUACAAGGAAAGAUUGGUUAUUUAUGGGCAGUAUUGCAGUCAGGUAGAAACGGCCAUAUCAUCUUUAGAUAGUAUCUCCAAGACAAAAGAAGACGUUAAGUUGAAACUGGAGGAAUGUUCCAAAAGAGCCAAUAAUGGGAAGUUUACUCUGCGGGAUCUUCUUGUGGUUCCGAUGCAGCGCGUCUUGAAAUACCAUCUUUUGCUUCAGGAACUGGUAAAACACACUAGUGAUAGAACUGAGAAGGCAAAUCUAAAACUGGCACUCGAUGCAAUGAAGGACUUGGCACAAUAUGUAAAUGAAGUGAAACGAGAUAAUGAAACUCUCCGUGAAAUUAAACAAUUUCAGUCGUCAAUCGAGAAUUUGAACCAGUCACUUUUACUGUAUGGAAGACCACAGGGUGAUGGUGAAAUAAGGAUAACAACUGUGGACAAACGGGCAAGGCAAGAUAGGCACAUCUUCCUGUUUGACUUGGCUUUAAUUGUAUGCAAACGGAGAGGUGAUAAUUAUGAAAUGAAGGAUAUAAUUGAUCUUCAGGAGUACAAAAUAACCAAUAACCCCACAACAGACAAAGAGAACAAAAAGUGGUCUUAUGGCUUCUACCUCAUCCACAUACAAGGACAAAAUGGGCUAGAACUCUACUGCAAAACGAAAGAUUUGAAGAAAAAGUGGCUUGAGCAAUUUGAAAUGGCACUGUCCAACAUAAGGCCACAUUAUGCUGAAACAAGUCCACAUGACUUCAAAAUGCAUACUUUCACUCGCGUAACAUCCUGCAAAGCCUGUCAGAUGCUCCUGAGGGGGACAUUUUACCAAGGCUAUUUAUGUUCGAAAUGUGGUGCUGGAGUCCACAAAGAAUGUUUGGGAAGACUAGACAGUUGCAGAGCUAAUUUGGGUGAUCAUGGGACCCUGAAACAUGAGAAACGACCGAAUGGACUUCGAAAGAACUCCAGACAUAUGGACCCAGGCUUACCAAAAAUGCAAGUAAUUAGAAACUAUACUGGGAUACCACAGCCAGCUCCACAUGAAGGUCCUCCACUACACAUCCAGAUUGGGGACACUAUUGAGCUCAUCAAAGGGGAUGCACACAGUUUAUUUUGGCAGGGUAGAAAUCUAGAGACCCGGGAGCUUGGUUUCUUUCCAAGUGAUGCAGUGAAACCUUGCCCAUGUGUUCCUAAACCAGUAGACUACUCUUCCCAAUCAUGGUAUGCAGGAACGAUGGAAAGGUUGCAAGCAGAGACUGAACUUAUCAACCGGGUAAAUAGCACUUACUUAGUGCGGUAUAGGACUAAAGAGUCGGGAGAAUAUGCCAUUAGCAUUAAGUACAAUAAUGAAGUGAAGCACAUCAGGAUUUUCACAAGAGAAUGCUUUUUUCACAUUGCAGAAAACAGGAAAUUUAGAAGUUUACUGGAACUUGUGGAGCAUUACAAGCGUCACUCUCUCAAAGAAGGCUUCAGAAGUUUGGAUACAACUCUCCAGUACCCCUACAAGGAAUGGGAAAAUUCGCUGGACCAAAGGAGUAACAGAGCAAGUAGCAACUUGCUGAGUCCCAAGGUCCUUGGUAUAGCCAUUGCUCGCUACGACUUCUGUGCAAGAGACAUGCGUGAAUUGUCCCUACUCAAAGGAGAUGUGGUUAAAAUUUACACGAAGAUUAGCGCCAAUGGCUGGUGGAGAGGUGAAGUAAAUGGAAGGGUGGGUUGGUUUCCAUCUACCUACGUAGAAGAGGAUGAAUGAUCUACAGAUCUAGUUGGUACUUUUGAUCAUAAACUUCAGGGACUCUGAAAUUCAGACGUCUGCAAAGCAUUAUUCGUCUUGUUAAGUAUUUGAAAUGCAGCGCUUCAAUCUGUUGAAACCCUCCAGUCUUAACGCUGGGAUUACUGAAGAAGUUUGUGUUGACAGAUUAAUAUCUCACUCGGAGCUGUGCAAAGAAGCAACCUGUCCGUCUGCCACCACUGGGGACCAGUACAAAACUCUAACCUCACCUUCCUGAAAAAUCACUUCAAAACAGACUUUUACAACAAAAAACACACACGCUUCAUUUCAUUCCAUCCACAAUGAAUGCUAAGUAUGGGUAGCAAUUUAUUAAACUUCUCUUCCUUCCUUUGUUUCUUUCUUUCUGUGAGCUAUCAUCUCUGAUGGCUUUAGGAGAUGAAGGCUUACUUUAUUGUUGCUUAUCACUGCUGGCGGGGGGUGGGGGUGGGGUGAUGUCUGAGCAUUCCAGUAGUCAUGUGGUCAAUAUUAUUUGUCUUGAAAUAUCCAGCAGCACUAAUUAACCUUGCCACUCACCAAGGCUGUAAUUUUUACACACACUUUCUGGGGGACUAAACGUAAUUCAACACAGUUCUGCAUGCCAUGGGGGAUGGGGAGGUGGAAAGGGGAACAAUACAAAGGAGUUUUGUGUUCAAUUCCAAGGUUAUUUUAACAGGUUUGUCUUAAAUCUUAUUAAAAUAUUUCAUGAAACAACAAACUUUAAAAGGCGGCUUUUGGCUUGGCAUACAGUUGUAUUUCAAAAAUGGAAUUAUAUAGAAUUUAAAUUACAGGCCCUAACAAAGAAUAUUCCUUACAGUAGUUUUUACCACACACCCAUAUAUUGUUCCAAAUUGUAUGUAUUUAGGAGACAUUGGCUGUGUUUAGGAGACACCUUAAACCACGGCUUUAACCACAGUGAUUAAAGCAAAAAGGCUUAUUAGCCAUGGUUAAAAGCCAUGGUUUAAGGUAUCUUCUGAACACGGCCGUUAUAUGGUCUGGCUGCCUCCUCAGGACAUUGAGGUUUGUCUUAGUGUAAGAGGAACCACUUGUUUUCAUUAUACAUUAAAAAAAUUGCAGUUGGCAAUCUUUAUUCUACUCCACAAGCUUGUGUGGUGUAUGCAGGCAAUCCCAGUUGGGUAGAGACACAUGUGUGAAUGCACACAAACUGUUUUGAUCCUUACCCACCAUUCCUAAUGCAAACUUGCUUCUAAUUGAAUGCUCGCUCAUUCAGCUGUCUUAGGAUUCUAAUUGAAUAUUUGCAAAGGCAUCCAGCUCCCUCAGCAAACAACCCGCCUUAGUCCAGGAGUUUGCCAAGAAGUAAAGAUGAAUGGGGUGGAUGGGUUUUUGCAGAUGUCCAUUUAGAAAUGCUCUGCGGAGUUUCAUCUUUUAUAGUUUAAAUUAUUAACAUCAGCAGUUAUAUAUACCUGUAGUUUAGAGAAGUUCAAAGUGAUGUAAAUUCUGAAUUCAUUGAAUACAUUAUUUUGAUGGAAUCAGUUACAGCAUUUCUAAAUGAUUCCAGAAAUGUAUUUAAUAAAAUGGCCUGUCCUUAAAUGUUAGUCUAGGAAUGCUUCCUUGGUGCUUUUCUUUUUCCGUAAUAACUAGUUUUGUCUGGUGGACCUGAUCCUUAAGUCGGCAAAAUUGCCUUACCAGGAGUUAUUGCCUGUUUUUAAUAGGGUAGGGUUUUAUCUCUAGGUCUAUGAAAUGUAUUGUGCUGUGUUAUCAGUGUUUGUAUGUCUUGUAGGGGGGAAAUUGGCUUAAAAUAAAGAUUAAGAAAGGUAUCCUUUCCACAAAACAUUUUGAUGAAUAGUUUAGAGAUAUCCUAAAGUUUCUGUUGGAUGAUUUUUGCAACUCGGGGGCGCUAAUGGAACUUGGAGAAGUGAGGCCAUAUCUAAACACCUCCCUCCUGUUGGUAUUCAGGCACCCUGACCCAGCAUUUCCUUGCACACAGGGAGUUCACACUUACACAAGAGGCAGCUUUUAAUAUGUGCAAUUAGGGUUGCCAGUUUGCAAACUGGACAUCCUGUAAGUCUUUAGGACUGUGUAGCAGUGCUUGACCCUUGGGCCCAGAACCCACCCUUCUCCUUCUGCCUGUCAGAACAAGUACUUCUUUUUGCACCAUAGCAGGCAGCAGGAGAAAAGGAAGCUGCGCCUUCUUUUAACUCCUUCAGAAAUGUUAAGAGGCAGACGAGGCCUCUGGAUUGCGACUUGGCAAUCCAACAUGAAUCUCUUUGCAUAGGUGGAGCCUCUCUUUCUAGGGAAGUGAAAGGCUGCCUGGGUGGGUUUCUAGUCAGACUGAAGCUUCAUAUGUGCAGAGAGCUCUGGGUCAGGACUGUGUUGUCUUCGUUUAAUGGGCUGUGUUGAAUAAGUCAAAUGCUGUUGUAUUUCAAAUACCAAAGAUUUAGUGUGCCAUAGCCAUUGCUUCUUUUAUUUUUUUUCCUGCAGUGCAUUUCCUUUGUAUACCCUUGCUCUCUUGCAGUGAGCUGAGGCAGUACUUUAAUUUGUAAUAUUAUGUAAAUAUGUGAAUAUAUUAAUAAACUGGUUAAUUUCUUGUUUAA